AAAAAGCCGGCUGCCGGGGGCGUGAGGAAGAAAGGGAGGGAGCCCAACACGGAAGUGGGGGUAGCAUCUGGGGAGCAGACGGAGGCGGUGACCGCGACGUAAGAGACGGGAACCGGGCGCCGAGAGGUGGGAGCUUGCAGGAAGGCAACCGCCUUGGAAGACCUACAUGAGGUGCAGGAGUGGCUGGGCCUCCCUUCUCCACCUCAGCGAGCACCCAGACUGAUGGCGAUGGUGAUGGCGGCUGUUACUCGGACAGCCCCAAUUAAACUGCGCUCGGAGCGGUACAUCCAGAAAGUGCCCAGAAGAAACUUCCUGCCAGAAAAAUUGAAAAAGCAGUAUUUAUAACACUGGAAUUUUUGGAUAAUUUAUUAAAAUGGCAGAAAAUAGUGAAAGUAAUAGUAAAAAUUUAGAUGUCAGGCCCAAAACUAGUCGGAGUAGAAGUGCUGACAGAAAGGAUGGUUAUGUGUGGAGUGGAAAGAAGUUAUCUUGGUCAAAAAAGAGUGAAAAUUUUUCAGAUGCUGAAACAGUAAAUGUUAUAGAGAAAACUGAAGUUCCUUUACAGAGCCAAGAAAGAAAGCACAGCUGUUCAUCCAUCGAGUUGGAUUUAGAUCAUUCUUGUGGGCAUAGAUUUUUAGGCCGAUCUCUUAAACAGAAACUGCAAGAUGCUGUGGGGCAAUGCUUCCCAAUAAAGAAUUGUAGUAGUCGGCACUCUUCGGGGCUUCCAUCUAAAAGAAAAAUUCAUAUCAGUGAACUCAUGUUAGAUAAGUGUCCUUUCCCACCUCGAUCAGAUUUAGCCUUUAGGUGGCAUUUUAUUAAACGACACACUGCACCUAUAAACCCCAAACCAGAUGAAUUGAUAAGCACAGAUUUGUCUCAGAGUGAAUUGAGGGAUGGUCAGCUAAACCAAAGGAGAAACAUGGAAGAAGAGGUGAACUGCUUCUCACAUCCCAAUGUUCAGCCCUGUGUUAUAACCACCAACAGUGCUUCAUGUGGAGGUGGUCCUACGGCUGGCUCUUUGAUGAACCUGGUUUCAAAUAAUAGUAUAGAAGAUAGCGAUAUGGAUUCAGAUGAUGAAAUUACAACACUUUGCACAAGUUCCCGGAAAAGAAACAAACCCAAAUGGGAAAUGGAUGAAGAAAUCCUUCAGUUGGGAACAACUCCUAAGUACCACACCCAGAUUGAUUAUGUCCACUGUCUUGUACCAGACCUCCUUCAGAUCAAUAACAAUCCAUGUUACUGGGGAGUUAUGGAUAAAUAUGCAGCUGAAGCUCUCCUAGAAGGAAAACCAGAGGGUACCUUUUUACUUCGAGACUCAGCACAGGAAGACUAUUUAUUCUCUGUUAGUUUCAGACGCUAUAGUCGUUCUCUUCAUGCUAGGAUUGAACAGUGGAAUCACAACUUUAGCUUUGAUGCACAUGAUCCUUGUGUCUUCCAUUCUCCUGAUAUUACUGGGCUCCUAGAACAUUAUAAGGACCCAAGUGCCUGUAUGUUCUUUGAACCACUUUUAUCCACUCCCUUAAUUCGGACUUUCCCAUUUCCCCUACAGCAUAUAUGCAGAACAGUUAUUUGUAACUGUACAACUUAUGAUGGCAUUGAUGCCCUUCCAAUUCCUUCUUCUAUGAAAUUAUAUCUGAAGGAAUAUCACUAUAAAUCAAAAGUUAGAGUACUCAGGAUUGAUGCACCAAAACAACAAUUCUAGGUAAAGGGUAGGAACAUGGGAAUUUAAUAUCUUAUUUUUCUUAAUACUACUUUGAAUUUUUCUACAAGGGCAGUUAAGAGUCCGAAAUAAGCCUCUGCCCUAAAUUUUGCUUCCAGAUCUGUUUAUUUUUCUUAAAAUACACUAAUUGUUUAAGGUUACACACUAAGGGUUAAUGGGUAUUUUUGACCAAGUGGUUUUUGUUUUUAUUCUGUAGAGUAUAUACUUAAUUUUUUUUUCUUUUCUUAAUUGUAAUUUGCAUAAGAACCGGAGAUAUUUGAAAAUUGGUAGACACUGUAAAAACGGUUAAUAAUUUGUAUUUUGUUAUUUUCUUUAAAAAUAAUCCUACAUCCUUUCCUACAUGUAAAAUGCUUUGUUAACCUAUGCCAUUGGCAUUCCUAUACAUAAAAUAUGGUUUCCACAUCCCC